AUGCCUUCGGCACCUUUGAAAGUAGCCCAACAGGGUCUCAGCAAAGAGCUCUCUGAACCCACACCGGAACCAGACACAUUUGAGGGUAUGCCAGGUAUUCGAACCAUAGCAGGAGAUUUGGGGAGCCAGCGAGUGAAAGGCAAGGUUGUCAUCAUCACCGGCGCAAACUCCCCCAUAGGAAUCGGCCGUGCCUCUGCCCACCAAUUUGCCCGCAACGGCGCCCGCGCAAUCUACCUCUGCGACUUCAGCAACUCGCAUCUCGACCUCCACAAACGCCAACUCUCCACCCUCUACCCCUCGACCGAAAUCCACACCCGCCAAUUCGAUGCCGCAGACGAAGCCUCUGUCGCACAAGUCUGCUCAGAUGCGCUAUCCACAUAUGCUCGCCUAGACGUCUUCUUCGCCAACGCGGGCAUCACGUCUGCCAAAGUCUUUUGGGAAGAAGACACGGCAGGCUUCAUGUCCACCAUGCGCACAAACGCCCUCUCUGUCUUCCUCGCCGCAAAAUACGCUUCCCGCGCCAUGCUCAAAACCUCAGCCGACAAACCCUACCCCGCCGGCUCCAUCAUCGCCACCGCUUCCGUCGCCGGUUUGCGCUCCAACGCCGGUCCUUCAGACUACUCCGCCAGCAAAGCUGCUGUCAUCUCGCUCAUGCAGACUUGCGCCUACCAGCUCGUCGGCACAGGCAUCCGCUGCAACGCCGUUUGCCCGGGUCUCAUCGAGACGGGUAUGACGAAGAUCACGUACGAUGCGGCGAGGAGUCGCGGCUCCGAGAAGAAGAUUGGCCAGAUUAAUCCGCUGAGACGAGGCGGGCAGCCCGAUGAGAUUGCCCGUGCUGUCUUGUUUUUGGCCAGUGAUGAGGCGAGCUAUGUCAAUGCGCAGGCGUGGGCGGUGGAUGGUGGGCUGAGUGGUGGGUUGCCUUUUGUGCCGGGCAAGUUGGCGUAG